AAUUUUCCUCACCUUAUAAACUUUCCCACCGCUAACUUUUUUUUCUGUUUCAAAAAAAAUACAGUAAUGAAAAAGAAUAAGUCCAACCUUCACGAUUCCCUCCCACGUGUACUCUUGCAUGCUUACGCGGCACUCCGUUCAUCCCACACGUGUCCUCCCUCCCACUCUUUUCUACUCCCAUAACAAUAGUGAAAUAAACACAUUCCCCUACUCAUUCCCAUUAAUUAAUUAAUUCCAUCUCAAAAAAAAAUAAAUAAAUGAAAUAAAAUCCAAACAAUAACAAAAUGGCCGAAACGCAACAAUCCCAUAGAUCGCCGCCCCGCGGCGGCGGCGGCCCCACCGUCCUCCGUAGAUUUCAAGAAAACGCGCCGAACUCGACGCAGCUCGUGGGGAUCCUGACCCUCCUCGUGUCCGGCGGGAUCCUCCUCCUCCUCACCGGCCUCACCCUCACCGCCACCGUCCUCGGGCUGAUCUUCUUCGCGCCGCUGAUUAUAAUCUCGAGCCCCGUGUGGGUCCCGGUCGGGGCGGUCCUCUUCGUCGCCGUCGCCGGAUUUCUCUCGGCGUGCGGGUUCGGCGUCGCCGCCGCCGUCAUGGCCUCUUGGCUCUACCGCUACCUGCGCGGGCUCCACCCGCCCGGCUCGGACCGGUUCGACUACGCCCGGAGUCGGCUCGUGGACACCGCGAACCACGUCAAGGACUACGCGGGAGGGUACCUUCACGGUAAGGCGAAAGACGCGGCUCCUAGCGCGUGAAUCCGGAGUCCGUCCCGGAUCGGAUCCCGCCUUUGUUUUUUUUUUCUUUCUUUCUGAAUUGAUUAGUUGUUUUAUCAUAUGGUCAGCUUUUAAUUUUCAAUGCCAAUGUAUUAAUUUGUUCUGAUAUAGAUUGCUUCUUUGAUAAUCGUUCAUAUGCAAAAUACACCCGAUGACCACAGAUGAAGAGAGGAAUUGAAGUAAAGAAACUAAAAAAAAUUGAAAAAAGUUGGAAAAACAUGGAAUGAGUCCAAAAUAUAAUGUUUGGAAGAAUAUAAUUUAAGUAUUUAAAAGUCACUCAAUUAAUUGAUUAUUUAAAGAAAUAUGUAAGAAAUUU